AUGAAGCUCCUUUUUCCUAUCUUUGCCAGCCUCAUGCUGCAGUACCAGGUGAACACAGAGUCCUUUGGCUUGAGAAGAUGUUUAAUGGGUUUUGGGAGAUGCAAAGACUACUGUGCCGUGGGUGAAAAAGAGAUACAGAAAUGCAAGAAGAAAAAAUGUUGCAUUGGACCAAAAGUGGUUCAAAUGAUCAAAAACUACAUGCAAAAUGAAAUGUCCCACACACUUGAAGGGAACUCCCAAGAACACCUACAGGCUACAAAGAAGCCUUAUGCUGUGACACAGACAAAAUACCAUAUUGUAUCUCUUCUCCCCGGAACCAAAAGCAUCAGCCCUUUGGCCAGCGUCAACACCCUCCUCAUCCCAAAUGCCACCACUGUAAACUCUGCCACCACCAGCCCUACGAUCUCAUGGAAGAUCACAUACACUGCUACUUCUGCCAGGAGUGACACCACAGAAAGCAGAGAUGUGGCCGGUGACUCCUUGCCAGCAGCGCCACCGCCAUAG